AAUGGGCAAAAAACAACAUCAAAGUGAUAAAUUGUAUUUGACAACAAAAGAAUGGAAAGAUAUAUAUGGAGGCCACAAAGAUGAUACUGCUACAAAGAUUCAAAGAGCACAAUUCAAACGUCUUCCUUUCACCCAUUGUGCUCUUUCUUUUCUUCCUUUUGAAGACCCCGUCUGCACUCCAGAUGGAAUUAUUUACGAUUUAAGUUUUCGUUGCCCAGUUACUUAUAAAAUUUUUACUCAAACAAGUAUUAUUGCUGCAAUUCGCACAACAGGAAAUGUUUACUCUAUGGAAGCAAUUGAUGAGCUUAAUUUGAAAAGGAAUCAUUUAAAAGAUUUAUUAACUGAUACACCAUUUCAACGAAAAGAUAUUAUAAUUCUUCAAGACCCUCAAAAUUUGGAUAAAUUUAAUAUCGAACAUUUUUAUCAUGUUCAGUUUGACACGAAAACAAAAGAAACUCUUUUAGAAGAAAAAUUAGCUAUGCAAAGUCCAGAAUAUUUUUUAAAUUCUUUAAAUAAUGAAGCAAAAGAAGCACUUUCACAAUUGGAAAAACAAUAUGUUCAAAAGACUGAAGAAAAACCAAAAGAACAAAUUGCUGAUUCUGUAAAUGCUGCACAUUUUUCCCAAGGAAAAGUAGCUGCUGGAUUGACUUCAACGACAAUGGAGCCUGUAACAAAUAAUAAAGCAGCAAUUUUGGAUGAAGAUGAUGUUAAAUAUUCUCGAGUGACUCGUAAUGGUUAUGUUCGUAUUGUAACAAAUUUUGGACCUUUAAAUUUGGAGCUUUUUUGUAAACACGCUCCACGUGCUUGUGAAAAUUUUAUUGUUCACUGUAGAAAUGGAUAUUAUAAUAAUACAAUAUUUCAUAGAAUUGUUUCUGGAUUUGUGCUCCAAGGUGGUGAUCCUACUGGCACUGGAACUGGCGGUGAAUCUAUUUGGGAUAGGCCAUUCAAAGAUGAAUUUCAAGGCACUUACAAACAUGACCAAAGGGGUAUUGUCAGCAUGGCUAAUCGAGGAACUGAUACUAACCGCUCACAAUUUUUCAUAACAUUUGCUGCCUGUCCAAAUUUAGAUGGUAAACAUACAGUUUUUGGACGUUUAGUUGGUGGGGCAACAACAUUAUGUGCCAUAGAAAAUGUCGAAACUGAUAAAGAAGAUCGACCGUUAGAAGAUGUAAAAAUUAUGGCUGCUGAAGUUUUUGUUGAUCCAUUUGAAGCGGCGGCCGAAGCAGUCAGGAUGGAAAGAAAAGCUUUGUCUAUUAAAGCAAAUUCUAUCUCAUCAGAAGAAGAAACUAAUCGAAAUAGACAACAACAAACAGAAAUUCAAAAGCCAAAAUCAUACUCUUCAGGGAUAGGCAAAUACAUUAAACCAGAAAUUAGAAUUGCAGUUAGGAGAGCAGCGAAAUUAAUGGAUGGUAAAAAACAAAAUUCUAGCAAAAAUGAAAUUGAUGAGGCAACAUACAAUCAAAUUGCUACAAUGUUUCAAAGACCGUCGCAAGUUGAGAAAAUAGAUGAAUUACUUAAGAAAGCUGAAAGGAAAAAGGCAGCUGUAGAGGCAAUGUUGAGAACUGGUGUUCAAUCACAGCUAGAGGGUAUUCGAUCAGCUAUUUCUCAUAUGCAAGUAACCGCUGAAGAAGUUUUGCAAAUUGGAAAAAGUAUGUUAUCAAAGGCAAACAGUCAACAUAGUCAAUAUGCGAUUGCUGUGGAAAAUUUUAAACAUAUCUUUAAUUUAGUGGAUACAGUAGAGAAAACACACGAAUACAUUUUAGAAAAUAAACUUUUACAUGCACAUAAAAAUAUUAUGGAAUUGGAGAAUGCGAGAGAUGAUUUAAUGUUUGAAGUACAUAAAUUGAACUCUGAGCGGAGGGAAUAUGACAAAAAUUUGCUCAAAAAUUAUUUUACCGAUCUUGACAAACUUGUAAAUGAUCUUGCUAAACAAGUUUGGUAUAUUUGUUCGAGAGCAUUAGAAGCCGUUCAAGGGAAUGAUAGUGCACUUCAACAAUUAGUUUCAGCAUUAAGGAUUAUUGAAAGGGAAGAGAGACCAGUUUCCAACGAUUUUAUGCCUCCCGGUCGACCACGACAAUGGCGACGACAACUUUUCGAAGUUUUGGCUAAAAAUGUACGGGACAGACUAGAAGGCAAUCAAUUAGAAGAUAAAGCAAUAAAUAGGCAAUGGUUGGCAAGAUAUUUAGAAGCUUGUAGACGUAAAGUUGUUUCUGAUUUAAAACUUGUAAAAACUUGUCUUGCUGCUUGUUUUCCACCUGAUUAUAAUAUUUAUGAUCGUUAUAUUAAAUAUUAUCAUGACAGCAUUUCUUUUCAAAUCAAAAAUAUUGCAUCCAGCCCUUUAGAAAAGAAUGAACUUGUACAACUUUUAAGUUGGAUCCAGGCAUAUCCCGGUAAACAAAUGCUUGGUGAUCCACAUUUGGGCAUCCAAGCACAAUCUCUUGUACAAGAACAGCCACUUUUGCCUCGUUCCACAAAAAAUCAUUUGUGUGAUCGGGAUAUGCAUGAUUGGCUUAAUAAAACAUUAAUUCAAGAGAAAGAUGAUUGGUACAAACAUGUUUUGCCUGAAACUGACAAUGAUAAACAUUAUUAUACCCAAUUACCAAGUAUUUUGUUUGGAAUGGUAGCUCUUUCGAAAGAAAUUUCUCAAGAUAUUAUCCCUCGUGUUAUUGAUAUCGCUGUGGAUGAAUUUGCUAUUUUCUCUGGGAAAUAUAAAGAUGCUGCAAUGGCUUAUAAAGGGAAACAUUUUGAAGAUCGUUCUCUUUUUCAGCAUUAUACAGCUACAAUUAUUGCAAUUGCAAACAAUUUGGAUAUUUGUCUCGAUUCUACAGAUAAACUUGAAAAAAAUAUUCGUUUAACAAUGGAAUCUAAUGGCAGUGGAGGUGCAUUAUCACCAACAGAACAAUUGGGAGAUUUAAAUGGAAAUGGGUCUUUAACUACACGUUCCACCGCUGGUGGAUUUUCUGUUGUUAAUAGACAAGAAUUAAUUGACAAAAUGGAACAAUUAAAAAAGAAAUUUGAUGUUGGAAUACAAUUUACAAUUUCUGCUCUUCUGGAAGAAGUUUUAGAAGAUAUUAUUAGACAUUUAGAACAAAUAAUGACACGUAGUUGGUUAAUGGGAUCUAAUGAUUUGGAAACUAUUUGUAUAACAAUUGCUGAUUAUUUUAAUGAUUAUAAACAUUUACGUGGACAUAUUAGAAGUAUGUUAAUGAGAGAAUUACUUUUUAAACUUGUUGCUGAAUUUAUGAUUGGAAUUGAUGUUCGUCGAUUAACUUUCAAUAAAUAUGAGGAACGCCAUUUGGCUGUUGAACGAUUAAAGACAGACGCUAAACGAAUUCAGCAACUUUUUUCUAAAUUCUUCGACGAUCCCGAAUUUCAGGCAAUUAUUUUUUAA